AUGCAGCUGGUAUCUUCGUUCACCGGGCGCGGCUUCAUCUUCGGCGUGGCGCCAUCCCCGCCCCGGCUCCAGGCCUCUCGCCAGGUCACAUGCAUGGCCAAGAAGAAGGGCACCCGAAUCAUUGUCACUCUAGAGUGCACAGAAGCUCGGGGAGAGGGCAAGACGCCCUCCCGAUACACCACGCAAAAGAAUAAGCGCAACACCCCCGAGCGGCUGGAGAUCAUGAAGUACAACCGGUUCCUGCGGCGGCACACCCUUCACAAAGAGGGGAGCGCGCCUUCCACCACGCGCCGCACCAGCUCGGCGAUGCUGCGCCCCAGCGAGCGUGCGGCGGCGUCCUUCGCCUCGGGCGAGGCGUACCGCCGCGGCACCGCCCUGCCCUUCACCCAGAUGGUCAUCACCUUCCGCGACGUCUGCUACUCGGUCCCCCUGCCAAAGGACCUCGACCGGGGCAAGGCCGACACGGGGGGCGAGGGCCCGCACGCCGGCCAGCUGCGCCUGCUGAAGAACAUCAACGGCGCCUUCCGCCCCCACGUGCUGACGGCGCUGAUGGGCGCGUCGGGCGCGGGCAAGACGACGCUGAUGGACGUGCUGGCGGGGCGCAAGACGGAGGGCGUGAUUACGGGCGACAUCCGCGUGAACGGGCACCCCAAGCAGGACCGCACCUUUGCGCGGGUGAUGGGGUACGUGGAGCAGACCGACAUCCACAUCCCGCAGGCCACCGUGCACGAGGCCUGCCAGUUCAGCGCGCGCCUGCGCCUGCCCACGACGGUGGACGCCGCCACGCGCGAGGCAUUCGUGGAGGAGGUCAUGACCCUGGUGGAGCUGGACCGCCUGCGCGGCGCCUUUGUCGGCUCCCCCGGUGUGUCGGGGCUGUCGGUGGAGCAGCGCAAGCGCCUCACCCUGGCGGUGGAGCUGGUGGCUAACCCCUCGGUCGUCUUCAUGGAUGAGCCGACGCCACCAGCAGCAUCAGCUCCGCGGUCAGCGCGUUGA